AAUUCUACCCCUUUUCCCUUUUGGGGAUAAAAUAUUCAAUGGACCAGCCUCCCCCAAUAAAACCUCAGCUUGAGGUGUGCUCUCUUUAUUGCCUGCCUUGCCUCCUUUGUGAGAGAAGGGUCAAAGGAGCCGUCAGUGGAACCCAAAGAAAAAGGAAAACCCAGAUACUGCUAUCAUGGCAGGGAAACCCAUUCUUCACUACUUUGAUGGACGGGGCAGAAUGGAGAACAUUCGAUGGCUCUUGGCUGCAGCUGGUGUAGAGUUUGAAGAGAGAUUCAUGAAAACUCGAGAAGACUUGGAAAAGUUAAGAAAAGAUGGGAGUUUGAUGUUCCAGCAGGUGCCCAUGGUGGAGAUCGAUGGGAUGAAGCUGGUGCAGACCAGAGCCAUUCUCAAUUACAUUGCUGCCAAAUACAACCUCUAUGGGAAGGACAUAAAGGAGAGAGCCCUAAUUGAUAUGUAUUCAGAAGGGAUGGCAGAUUUGAAUGAAAUGGUCCUUGUUUAUCCAUACCUUCCAUCUAGUGACAAAGGUGGAAGACUUACCCAGAUCAAAGAGAAAUCUAGAAACCGUUACUUUCCUGCCUUUGAGAAGGUGUUAAAGAGCCAUGGGCAAGACUACCUUGUUGGCAACAGGCUGAGCAAGGCUGACGUUCUCCUCACUGAACUUCUCUACAAUGUGGAAGAACUGGACUCCACAGUUCUUGCCAACUUCCCUCUACUGAAGGCCCUAAGAACCAGAGUCAGCAACCUUCCCACAGUGAAGAAGUUUCUGCAGCCUGGCAGCCAGAGGAAGCCUUUGGAGAAUGAAGAAUCUGUAGAAGCAGUAAAGAAGAUUUUCAGUUAAAUGAGGCAGACAUGGAGACAUAGCACAUACAAUACUGGGCUUUAUCCAAAAGAUGAUCUUGAUUACUAUGAGGCUAAUAAAGUUUUCCAAAGUUUAUGUGCUAAUUUA